AAUCUGAGGCCCAAGGCGGUCGCCUUGGUCGCCUUGGGCCAGGGCCAGCCCUGUUCUAAUGGAAGCUCCCAGAGUAACAAGGAAGAUGACGAAGGUGGUGUGCACAUCAACUGCUCUUCCGAAGAGUCGGAUAAUGUUACUCGCUACUUUCAGAUCAUACGUCUUCAAAAACAGAUAUAUGCAUGGAUCGGUUGCAACUCAGCCAAUUUCGGAAAUUUAUAUGCCGCUGUGCUGGCAAGACCUAAAAACACAGUUAGUGUUCCUUCCAUAAUUGGGGGAGCUUCUGAUAAUACAGGAUCUGGCAUUGCUCGUCGAUUAGUUUUGAAGACCGGUCUAAAUGUCAUAUUGGCUUGCAACAUACCAAAAAACAGCCCCAUGCUUGAGGCAGAUGCUGAGAAAACAAAUCAAUCUGGGAUACGCUAGGCCACAAUCCAAAGGAUGACCUUAGUAGCUGAAAGCUGAGACUGGUAUGCUAAACAUGAAAGAUACAAUUAGUUUGUUUAUACUUGAUCGUGAUUCCGCUGGCACUGUGAUACCCACUAUAGCCCAGGAAGCUGCAACAAGGAGUUCUGGCGCCAUUGAUGGAUCAUGCUUUGGUGUUUUACAUUCUGGUAUUCCUUUUUCCAAUGGACCUGUGCUUUAAAGUCCUGCCCGCGUUAAGUUCAACUGUUGGUAACAAGGUCUUGUUACAUAAAACUCUUACAAGGUUUUAGUCUGUACGCUGGCUACUAUAUAACUGAACCAUUGUUGGUUACUGUUGAAGCUCUCUUCCUUCUUAGGCAGGUCAUCAAUAUAAUUGCUCUAUAUUUAAAGGGUGCAACUAGAAUUGUUAGUUUGCUUAUGUGCAGUCUUUCUUAAGUUGUAGUGAUGUGCUUUUUGGAAAUGUGUGUGUGUUUUUAGUAACUAUAGGACUACUUCAAUCUAUAAAAUGUUUUCUUUAAAUUGUGAUGCUAUGCAUGGAGCAAGAAUAUUAUUGCUU